AUAUAACCCCCGCGGGGCAGGCGAUCCAAUUCCAAGGCCGAUAAUUAUCCUUGGAUUUUCUUUCUUGCUCUUUCAUCAGUGUGAUUGUGCUUUGUUAAGUGAUACCCCUCGCGUGCAUUGGAGAAAUACGAAUACAACACGGCAAUAUGAGCACGACGACCGCCACGGAGGUCAAGCCGAGCAAGGCGAACAUUGGCGUCUACACGAAUCCGGAGCAUGACCUGUGGGUUGCGGAGGCGGAGCCGAGCUUGGAGAGUGUGCAGAGGGGCGGGGAUUUGAAGGAGGGGGAGGUGUUGCUGAAUAUCAAGAGCACGGGGAUUUGCGGAAGUGAUAUUCACUUCUGGCAUGCAGGCUGCAUCGGUCCCAUGAUCGUCGAAGACACGCACAUCCUCGGCCACGAAUCCUCCGCCCAGGUUCUCGCCGUCCACCCCUCGGUCAAGAGCAUACAGCCCGGCGACCGCGUCGCCAUCGAGCCCAACAUCCCCUGCCACACCUGCGAGCCCUGCCUCACCGGCCGCUACAACGGCUGCGAAAGCGUCCUCUUCCUCUCCACACCGCCCGUCCCCGGCCUCCUGCGCCGCUACCUCAAGCACCCGGCCGUCUGGUGCCACAAGCUGCCCGACAACCUCACAUGGGAGGAUGGCGCGAUGCUGGAGCCGCUCAGUGUUGCGCUUGCGGGCAUGGACCGCGCGGGUGUGAAGCUGGGCGAUCCCGUGGUGGUGUGUGGUGCUGGGCCCAUUGGUCUCGUCACGGCGCUGUGCUGCAGGGCUGCUGGUGCGGCACCGUUGCUCAUCACCGACAUCGACCAGGGCCGCCUGGACUUUGCGAAGAAGAUCAUCCCGAAUAUUCUCACGCACAAGGUCGAGUUCGCGCACACUCCCGAGGUCUUCCGGGAGAAGGUCGUUGCGGCCAUGGGUAUCGAGCCCACCGUUGCCAUGGAGUGCACGGGCGUCGAGUCCUCCAUCAACGGCGCCAUCCAGGCCGUCAAGUUCGGCGGCAAAGUCUUCGUCAUCGGCGUCGGCAAGAACGAGAUGAAGAUCCCCUUCAUGCGCCUGUCCACGCGCGAAGUCGACCUGCAGUUUCAGUACCGCUACGCAAACACCUGGCCCAAGGCCAUCCGGUUAGUGCAGAAUGGACUCAUCGACUUGAGGCCGCUUGUCACGCAUCGAUUCGAUCUUGAGCAGGCAGUUGAGGCGUUCAAAACAGCGGCGGAUCCGAAGACAGGGUGCAUUAAGGUGCAGAUCCAGAGCUUGGACUAG